AGAGCUUUUAAUAAACAAAUAAUUGCAUACAGUGUUCAUUUUACAACAAUACAAAAAUGUUUUUAAAAUUGUUUUUAAAUUGUUUUCAAAAUAAUUCUCAAAUCGGUUUAGUGCUAUUAAUUUUAGUGAUUGUUUUAAUAUAUAUGUAUAAUACAAAUUAUUUACGAAUUGUGUAUUAUUUAUCAAAAAUACCGGGUCCAAAAUCAUAUCCAAUAAUUGGAGUUGCAUACUUGGUGAUCGGCAAAACACAUGCAGAAAUAACUCAGCUUGUAAUUGAUUUAAUUAACAAAUUUUCGCCUAUAUUAAAAGCAUAUUUGGGUCCAAUUCCAUUGGUUUGCGUUUCAAGUCCAGAAUAUAUUCGACAAAUUUUAACUAAUCACCAUGGAUUAGAAAAACCAUGGAUAAUGACACACAUUGCUGUGGACGUUGCAGGCGAUUCAAUAUUAUCAGCACAAGUGCCCAAAUGGAAACAUAAUCGAAGCAAAAUUGUUCGAGGUUUUACACCGAAUAUUCUCAAAACGUAUUUUAAAGUAAUGAUCGAAAGUAGUUUGUUGUUAUCUAAGAAACUAGAAGAUAAAUUAAACGAUUCAAAAUCAUUUGAUAUUUUGGAAUAUUUAUCAAAAGCUUCAAUGGAUUCAGUAGCAAGAUCAACUAUGGGCGUUAAUGUAAACGUACAAGAUAGUGGAUCCACAUUCUACGGUGCUAUGCAAAGUAUGUUCCAUAUCGCAUUUGACAGAAUAUACAGCCCGUGGAAACUGUUGGAUUUUAUCUUUCGUUUGUCACAAGAUUUCCAAAGAUUUUUACAGGACAAGAAAGCCGUUAUAGAAUUAGCUGAAAAAAUUAUAUCUGAGAAACGAUAUCAAAAAACCUGCAUAAAUAAUAAUGAUAAUAAUUUGGAUAAUAUCGAAACCAUUGACAGAGAACUUUCUGGGAAAUCUUUAUUAGAUAUUCUACUUGAAGUCACUAAAAAUGAUCCCUUAUUUGAUGACCAACAAUUGAAAGAUGAAGUUAUAUUUAUGAUUAUUGCAGGCUUUGAAACAACAGCAAAUGCUUUGGGAUAUAUUUUAUUAAACUUGGCGGUACAUCAAGAUAUUCAAAACAAAGUUUGUGAGGAACUUUUUCAAGUACUUGAUGAUUCCGAUCGUAAAAUCCAUUUAGAUGAUUUGCCACAAUUAAAAUAUAUGGAAAUGGUUAUAAAAGAAUCCAUGAGAUUACAUCCAACAAUUCCAUUAAUUGUCAGAAAAAUUACCAGAGAUAUAAAAUUCGAUGAAUAUUUAGUUCCUGAUGGAACAACUGUCGUUAUUCCGAUAAUUUGUUUACAUCGUAAUGAGAAUAUAUGGAAAGAUCCACUGAAAUUCGAUCCAGAACGAUUUACACCAGAAAAUUCAAAAAAUCGACAUCCUUAUGCAUUUUUACCAUUUAGCGCUGGACCUCGAAAUUGUGUUGGUAUUCGAUAUGCUUGGAUGUUUAUGAAAGUAGUGUUAGCGACAUUAUUGACUCGCUAUAAAUUCCAUACAGAUGUAGAUGUAAAUAAAUUAGAACAUGAAUUUGCAUUGUCAUUAAAACUCCUUGGAGGCCAUCAAGUUCGAAUUACACCACGAAGAAGAAAUUGAAGAAGUUAUUUGUGUAGUUGGGAUUUUGAACAAAAUUUUUUUUUUUACAGAAGAAAAUUAUGAAGAUUCUUUGGCAAUCAAGUUUAUAGUUUGCGUUAUGUACCAUUUACGUUCUGUGAACGUUUCAUCAUUCAUUAUUUAUUAAUUUUACAUUUUAUCAUUA